CGCCUGACGCUUUAUAAGGGCUUGACACAGAACAGCUGUUAAAGGCCUCUGACCAAAGGUAUGCUGCAGACUAACUUCUGUGGGAACUAAGCCAUUUUACGAUCAAGAUGGUGGAUGUCAAUUUGGACAUAUUGAGUGAUUACACGGAUUACAAUUACACGGCAGAUAACCAGACCUAUGACGAGGUACACACAGCUCACAGAGAGCGCCCCAUUUGUUCUGGAGAAGUACUCUGCAUGCUUUUGCUGGUCUUCAAUGCACUCAUUUUCGUGCUGGGGGUUGUGGGAAAUGGCGUGGUCAUCUGGAUUGCUGGGUUUAAGAUGAAGAAGUCGGUCAACACCACCUGGUACCUAAGCCUGGCCUUGUCUGACUUCAUAUACUGUGCCAGUCUGCCCUUCAACACCAUCUACAUGGCCACCUCGGACUGGACUUUCGGCCUCUUCAUGUGCAAGUUCACAUCCUUCGUCAUGUUCCUCAACAUGUUCAGCAGCAUCUUCGUCCUUGUGGUCAUCAGCAUGGAUCGCUGUAUAUCUGUUAUGUUCCCUGUGUGGGCACAGAACCAGCGCACCAUAGGCAAGGCCUCCAUUAUGGUCAUUCUCUCAUGGAUUGUCUCUGCGGCCCUGAGCAUUCCGUCAGUUGUUUUCCGUGACGUUCAGCACCACCUCGGCACAAACCGGUGCCUCAAUAACUAUACCACGAGCCAGUACGGUCACGCAACUAUCGCCAUGAGCCGAUUCAUUCUUGGGUUCAUCGUCCCGUUUCUGAUAAUCAUUGUCUGCUACUCCAUCAUCAUCUUCAAGCUGAGGAGCAAUCAGAUGGCGAAAUCCACCAAGCCAUUCAAGGUCAUGACAGCGCUCAUCGUGACCUUCUUCUUGUGCUGGAUGCCAUAUCACACGUUCGUACUCAUUGAGGUGAACCAAAGCCUCUCUAACACGGUCCUCUCCCUAGGACUCAAAAUCGGCUCCUCGACCGCCUCAGCCAACAGCUUCCUCAACCCCAUUCUCUAUGUGUUCAUGGGCAACGACUUCAGGCGGAAGUUCAAGAGUUCCAUCAUGUCAAAGAUUGAGAAUGCAAUGGGAGAAGAAGGACGCACACUGAGCCGUUACCUGUCCCGCUCUAGCUCCAUGGACGCCAGAGCUUCCACUCAUAUCUGACACUUUGACGAUGUUAUAAUGUGAUAUAACCUCACAGUCUGACACCCUUGUACAUAUCGUCAAUAUGUAUUGUUCUAGCAACAAAUCACUUUAAUUUACUUAAGUCUUUAGGCUUCUACAAGGACUGUCAAAGUUCAUGUGUUAAUAACAUGUUAAUAAGGCAUUAAUGACAUGCUAAAACACAUUAACAUAAUAAAUGCAUUAUUUUUUUAAGCUGUUAACAUAUUGUCACUGUCCAUAGAAACCGUGUAUCUCCAUUUUUCUCAAUUUUUAGUUUUCUAAAUCAUUCCAACACACCAGCUAUCCUUUAAAUUCUGUACAAAUUUCAUGAUGAUUGGACAAAUAGAAAUGUUCUAAAAUCGUUUGUAAUAAAUAACCUUUACAUUGACACAUUGAAAGGUAAGAGUGUUUUUUUCUUCUCCUGUAAAGUUUCCUAUCUUGGUUUUCUUUGGACAGUGACAAUACUUUCCUAGGUUCACCUUAGAAACAAUCCAGUGUUCCAGGACGAAGCCCAGCUGCGAUGCAUUGUACGUUGCUAUGGUAGAAUCUGUGAUUAUAGCCGUCUUGUUCAAAUACAUGUUUUAAAUGACUUUGAAAUACCUUCGGCAAGACUGGACAGAGUUCGCAGGAGACCUGUGGAUAAAUCAAACUAACACAAGCAACAGUAAAGUGGAAAGCUCCAGUUCUCUUUGAGAGAAUCCACAAACUUUAUGAAAAAAGAUCGAGACGCUGCAAUCAUAGAGGAUUUGAAACCUUUGACUGUAUUUAUCAGGGAUUCCAAAACUGGUUCUGGUUAAAGUGCCGUGUUUGUUGUGGGCAAAAAGACAAACAACAAGCAAUACAAUGGAGGCAGGCAGGUUUCAAUUUCUUUAAAAAUGCAUUUUGUAGCAAACUAAUUAAAAAUCAUUAAAAAUAAGGAAAAAAAAAUGAAAUGAAUAAGUUCACCAACUGUUCACUGUGGACUGGAAAUCAUGUGAUGUUUACAUUCACAAAAUAAAAAUACUGUUACUGAA